AUGCGUAACAUGGUUGCUGAUCUCUACCUUAUUUGGGUGGGGGUUUCAAGGGCUCACAAACAACAACAAAAAAUAGCGAUGUGCAACUCUUUUUUCACUAUUGUACUUGGUGCAGGGAAGGGGAUCAGAGUUUCUCUACAAACUGGAGUGAAUGCUAUUUUAAACACUCAUUUGUUUUGCAAACGACAAUGGCAUCUUGGAGACUGCUAUGAGCAGUUUGGCUUUGACUUGUGGCCUUUCUUUUUUGUUUACUUGGCGGCUUCAUGUCACCACAAUGCAAGAACGUACACAAACAAACAAAUCAAGGUGAGAAAAAUGUGCUGGGGUAAGGGCCGUGAGCGAGAUUUUCCACCACACGAGAUGAAUGUGGAGGAAUAG